CAAAGCCCUGCUCUGGGACAGCUGCUGUGCUUCAGUCCCCCUCAGCUGGCCGCACUUCCAGAGGAUCCCCACAGCUCCUCCUGCUCAUCCCAUCCAUGUUAUCCCAAAGGAUUUGGCAAGGAACUGCAGCAUCCCAGCUCUGGGAAAAGCAAAACUUCUGACCAUGGAGAGAAGGCAACAAGAGUUGGGAGACCUUUGGAGAGGGGAUUGGGAGACCCUUGGAGAGGGAAUUUGGGAGACCUUUGGAGAUGGGAUUUGUUGUUCUUUUCUCUGUUUUCCUGGGAAUGCCAGAACUGGAGCAGAUUAGAGCAGAUGUUAAAUUAAUCAGUGACAGGGAAUAUCUACUGCUAAAUGUGUCUAAUUUUUAUAUAUGGAUAAAAAAUAAGCAGGAAAAAAAAAAUGGACUGCACAGAUCCACAAGAAACAGCCUAAAACCGACAACAGAGCUCCAAAAAAAAAAAAAAAAAAAAAAAAAGGGAAUGUUUUGGAAACAAGAACAGCUGUACGGGGGAUGGAUUGAAUUGCAGGAAUCAACUGUGAUGAAGGCAGCCAAAAUUCCAGCCCCAAACACUGCUCCCCUCACUCAUCUCUUGGGCGUGGGCCCUGCCAGCUCCAGGGAGGGCAGGAAAUCAGGAGAAUCAGGAGGAAUUGGAGAUGAAAGGCGCCAUGGGAUGAACGGGAACAGUAAUUAGGUGCUGAUGGAUAUCGGCUCAGGGGGUGGAGAGGCCAGGGCUGAUUUGGAUCCCGGCGAGAGCUGGCCGGGACUUAAAGAGAGCCUGGGAGGAACAGGGGAGCAGAGCUUCUGCCCACCAUGGGACACUCCAGGGAGUGGACAACCCCUGGAACACACGGAACCGACGCCAGCAGCCCUCGAGGACGCUGUGGAGCCGAGGCAGAGCCCUGGGACAAGGCAGGAGCCGGCUGACCCCAGGAAUGCUGCCCGACCCCCCGGCCCCGAGGAGCCCAUCCCCAGCAGGGAUGCUCAGCCAGCGGUGAAGGACCCCAGCCCCACCAACUCCCCGCCGUGGCCAGAAGCUCCUGAGGAAUGCCCAGCCCGGCCCAGCACCCUGGACUUGUGCAGCUCCCUGAGGAAGCAGCAGUGGGGCACUGACUGGGCAGCGGUCAAGGAGAACGGAGUGGAGGCCACGCCGGCAACCGGCACGGCCACGGCCAGCAGCGAGGAGCGCUGGGCCCUGCAGUCGGAGCUGGGCAAGUGCAUCGAGGAAUUCCGCAGGAUCCGGAUCCCGGCCACCUUUCCCAACAAAAAGCGGCAGUGGCAGAGCGAGCUGCUGAGGAAGUACCAGCUCUGAGAGCAGAUCCCAGCUCCCACUCCAGGGAAGGAGCUCUCCAGGCUGGUGGGGGCUGUUCCAGCAGUGGCAUGGGUUGUCCAUGCUCCCCAAACGAGGAGCAGAGGUGGCUCGUGAAGCCCACGCAGAUGUUGGAAGGUUCACAAGUCUGUCCCCACCACGGUCAUGGAGGGGAUGUUCCACAUCCUCAGUGGCACAGGCACAGCUGGAGCAGGUAGGACAAGAAAGGAUGUCCAGGGUGUUGUUCAGGACCAGCAGAAAUCCCCACAUUUCUGAAUUUCCCUGGCAUUUCAAACAAUAAA